AUGGGAGCCCUUGUAGCCGAAUCGAAGACAGCUGGCGACUGUGGUGGUUGCAGUGGAGGCGCAUGGCAGGCAACGCGGGAUCAAGAGAGGCAGAUCGAGCUGGAGCUGGCCAAAAACCAGCCGUUGGUCAGCGAACAGCAACCCUUGUGGUCGUUAGUCGAAGAGUACUGCUCUGAGCAGGCUGCCGUCUACCGACAGAAGGCAGUGCAGCUGCACCAGAAGUACGCCACUAUCCGACGAGUGCGCGGCGACGGUAAUUGCUUCUACCGAGCAUUCGCUUUCGCGUGCCUAGAAAGGAUAGCUUCAGAAAAGGCCAAAUUGGAUCGCUUCUGCCUUGUUACCGCCAGUUGGAAGGAACGCCUCAUAAAGCUGGGAUUCAGCGCCAUGACUACCGAAGACUUCCAUGACACGUUUAUGGAACUGUUGUCUGAAGUGGACAAGGGUAUGACGAUGGAAGAGCUGAUCGCUCGUUUUAACGUCCAGUGCAAUUCUGACUACGUGGUGGCUUUCAUGCGCCUUGUCACCGCCGGCUACUUGCUGGAAAACAGUGACUCGUUUCAAGCCUUCAUCGAUGGCGACCGUUCACUCAAAGACUAUUGCGAACAGGAAGUGGAACCUAUGGGACGCAAGUGCGACCACGUUUGCAUCGCUGCCUUGACCAAAGCUUUGGGUAAGUUAUAG